AUGGCACUCACUAACGAAAGUUCAAUUAAAAUCCAAAAAUGUCAACAUUUCAUUUGGAAACAGCUCGAAUUAUUGAUAUAUUCUCCAACAACUACUAUUAACGUUAACGAUGAUCAGUGUCCUGAUAAUAAUUUUUCAAUACUUGAUGAAAAAACCGCACUUGAAAAAUUAAAUUCUUUGAAAUCACAUAUAGAAGAAAAACGUCGUGAACUUAAUAUAACGGAUUUUGAAUUUCAUGCGGCAUUCCAUGGCCCUGAAGAAGUUAUGAAAUUCCAAAUGAUGGAUGUAAUUGCGGAGAGAGAUGCACAAUUGAAAGCUUUCGAUGAAUUUUUUCAAAAAGAUUGUAGUAAUCCUAAAAUUUUUGAAGAUCAGACUUUAUGUCCGGAGCAAAUUAAAAGUAUUGUAAUGAAAACUUUAUUUCAACAAUUGAAAAUUAUGUUUUUUAAGGAUAAGAAUAUUGACAAAAUUGUAAUUCUAAGAGAAACUAAUCAAAGAUUUAGGGAAAUUUUAACGACAGAGAAAUUUUAUUUUUCAACUCAUUUAUCAAAUGUUGAAUAUUGGUUGGGAGAAGCAUUGAAAGUUUUGCAAUUAGAUGAUGAACAAUUUACAUUAGAAAAAUAUAAUAAAUUUCAAAAUGUCCUUCUUCAAUUUUUGGAAGGAAUUUCGCGUCUAAUGGAAUAUGUACAAAUCAUAUGGAUUAAAUGUAAAAAAGAAACUAAAAAUUUGGAAAAAGGAAAAGAAAACCUUAAAAUUAAAUUAUGGUGCAAUGCAGUGAAUCUCGUAAUCUAUUGUACUGGUUACAUGAUGAAUAAAGAAUUUUUAAAUAAUUUUGCAGUUAAACUUGGUUUGGCAGUAGUAGGCACGGGAUUUGUGACCGGAGUGACAAUUCUUGAAUUUAUGACUUUAUCAAUUGAACGCCAAGAAAAAAUUUUAACGGAACUAAAAGGAAUGCACAAAGAAUUAUUGAGUUGGAAAUCUGAGGGGGAGAAAUUCAAAUUAAAGGAUUUUGAAGACAUAAAUCAAGAAUCAAGAAAUGAUUUCGUUGCUUUCUUUAGGGAUUACAAGGAUAAGUGUAAAUCAUUUCGUAAGACUUUUGAGAUGGAAGUUUAA